UAAAAAAAAAUAAGGGUGGGGACGGCGUCGUUUCAUCGGUUUCCCAAUUCCCAUCCACACAGAGCUUCGAACAACGCAACAGCGUCUUCCACAUCUCGUGUGCCGUCCUCCGAAAAGAUAAUGGCGGCACACGUGUCUCUCAACUGCUUUCCCUCCUCCUCUUCCCCUUCCCUGCUUCGCUCUCCUCCCCUCUCCUACGCCAAACGCCAGCCAGUUUCCGUUGCCGCGAUGGGCGAUGAUCCUAUAAAAGAAUGGAUUCUCUCUGAAGGAAAGGCAACACAGAUAACAAAAAUUAGCCCAGUUGGUGGUGGUUGCAUCAACCAGGCAAAUCGUUACGACACGGAUGCAGGGUCUUUCUUUGUGAAAAGAAAUAGGAGCAUUGGACCCUCAAUGUUUGAAGCUGAGGCUCUUGGUUUAAGUGCAAUGUACGAAACCCAAACUAUCCGUGUUCCUAAACCAUUCAAGUUCGGAUCAUUACCUUCUGGUGGUUCAUACAUCAUUAUGGAAUUCAUUGAAUUUGGUUCCUCCAGAGGAAACCAGUCUGAGCUGGGAAGAAGGCUUGCUGAAAUGCAUAAGUCUGGAAAAUCUGAUAAGGGGUUUGGUUUUGAUGUCAACAACACCAUUGGCAGUACUCCACAAAUGAAUACGUGGUCAUCAGAUUGGGUACAGUUUUAUGCGGAGGAAAGAUUGGGAUUUCAGGUGAGGCUAGCGCUUGACCAGUAUGGCGACAAUAUGAUUUAUGAAAAAGGACAAAGGCUUGCAAAAAGUAUUGGAUCUCUAUUUGACAAUGUCGUGAUUGAACCGUGUCUGCUUCACGGGGACUUGUGGAGUGGAAAUAUCAGCUCUGAUAAGAAUGGAGAGCCUGUUAUACUCGACCCAGCAUGUUAUUAUGGACACAAUGAAGCAGAAUUUGGAAUGUCAUGGUGUGCUGGAUUUGGAGGUUCUUUUUAUGAUGCUUAUUUCAAGGUUAUGCCCAAGCAACCUGGGUUUGAGAAGCGGAGAGAUCUUUAUCUAUUGUAUCAUUACCUAAAUCAUUAUAAUCUCUUUGGUUCUGGGUACCGUUCAUCUGCCAUGUCUAUAAUUGAUGACUAUCUGCGGAUGUUACAGGCUUAGAAAUUUUUUUUCCAAGAGAGGUUUGUUUGGUGGUUCAUAUCACUUUUGGUGCUGGCUGCUGCUUCUUAGAGCUGUAUAGAAUAUGUAUCCAUUUCUCAACUUCUCUGUAUAAUUCUCUAUGCCAUGCAGCCGAAAGCUUAAAGAGAAGUCAUUUCUCUCA